CGGAGCUGGGGUGGCCAAAAAAAGCCUGGAGUGCAAGCCAACGGUGGAAGCACAAGAAAGAGAGGAGAGCAAGCAGGACCGCCGCUGAAAUGGCCACCAAACUUGUGGAUCUGGUGUACUGGCGCCACAUGUGGAGGACUGGUGUGGUGUUUACAGGGCUGGUAAUCGGUCUGGCCAGCUUGUUCCAGCUUAGUGCCGUGACUGUGGUCUCCAACGUCUUUCUGGGUGUCAUGUGCAUCACCUUCCCCCUCCGUUUUUAUUAUAAGCUCCUGGAGCUCCUGCGCUGGAACCCCGGGGUUCACCCCUUUCAGUCAUGUCUGGAUUACGACAGCUCUCUGACAAAUAAGGAGACGGUGAUGCUGGUGGAGGAGACGGUGCUGCUGAUCGCAUUUGCUGUCACAGAAAUCAAACGGCUCAUUUUCAUUGAAAACAUAUUUGACUCUAUUAAGUUUGUUGUGCUUCUGUAUCUGCUGACCUAUGUUGGCAUCCAAACUAACGGACUGACCCUGGUAAUAAGUGCUGUGAUCGCUGUUUUCUCCCUUCCUUUGCUGUACAAAAAGCAGCAGGUGCGGAUAAGAAGGAUUGCUAGAGCCGUCAGAGCUUUUCUAAAGAGAGUCAAAAGCCUGUUCUCCAGUGUGUACGAUUCGGUGAGCCCCCCUCCAGCCCCUGCACCAAAACCUGCAAUUUCAGCUGCGAAUGUGCCCAAACAGAAAGCCAAGUCAAAGUAACUGUGUUGGUCACGUAUUGAAAACACCCAGCAUUUGGGAUUUGGGGAAAGACUGGAAGGGCACAUCCUCUGGGGGGCGGCUGGAGGGGCUGCUCGUUUCCACUUCUCCACCAUGAUGUUUGUUUAUGGGAGCAAGAUAUAAUUGAUCCUGACAGCUUAAACAAAGCUGCCAUUCACUGAAGGAGGGAGAGGAUGAGGAGGUGUAUGAGGAGGGGAAUUUUAGUUACUGUGAUGCUCUCUGUGGGCAGCGUCUAAUAGAACCAGUUCACACAGUCAUACUCUUCGAGUGGGCUAUGGAUGGCACAGAACAUCACAGCUUUUUUUUUUCUUUAAUAACAAGUGUAUUUUUACAUAACUAGUCCGCUGUGUUCCUGUCAAACUGUGGAAGUAUUUAUAAUGAAGCCCUGCAGCAUUAUUGCUGCCUUUAUUAUGAAGCAUCAUUCAUUGUUAGCUUCAUAGAAUAAAAAGACAUGAACAUCGCCUGCUAUUAAUCAGCAUUAAUAGUGCUGCACUUGCUAAGUCGAGGAAAAAGCUUGGUAAGCAGCCAGCCCCACAACCUUUAAAAGACUUACAUGAGAAAUAAUGAGAGUGUUCUCCUUUAAUCUUAGUGCUAAUCACUUUUAAUUAGAAACAAACAGUGACCUCAUAUUUGUGGGGAAAGCAGUUUGCUAAUAAAAAAAGUACAACUCUUAACAAGUGGGAGGAAUAUUGACUCUUGUAGUAAAUGCAGUUCAUUUUGAUUGAUCAAAACACAAAAAGGCACUUUCUAGAUAACAUCUUAGACUGUAUACAAAAGAUAGACAUAGCAACCAUGAAAUCACCCAAUGUUUUUAAAAAAAUUGCCAUGUUUUUUUAAACCACACGACAUGAGUGUGGGACGGUUUUCGUUGUGUAACUGGGUGACACCACACGCUCCCUGGCUAAUGACUUGUCAAUCAAAUGGUAAAGCAUUCCUUGCUUUAUUGUCCUUCUGUCCUUCUGUGAUUCGCUGUGCAUAUAAAUAUGAGUACAGCGCUGUGUAGAGUAAUUUAGUAUUAUGGCUGUAUUCACUAAUCUUCCAUUGUUUUGAGUUACGACUUGCUAAGCCAUCACUAACUAGCUAAUCAAUUAUCACAUGUCCAUAACUGCAGGAACCAGAUGCUUAAACUGCUUCCAGGGAACAUUUGAGGAAGCCAUUAAAUCAGUUAUAGUCAAAUUUGGUGCAGUUUCAGGAAUUUCAUGGAAUUAUCAGCACUGAUGGCAAAAUUGUGGACUUUAAUUUCAUUCUUUCCCCCCCAAAAUAAUGAAUAUAUCCCCACAGCAUUACAGUUUGUGAAGUAUAAAACAUGCUUUUUACACUUUUACCACUUAUCUAGAAGUAGUUGCUACCACAUGCUGUAAACAUAGAAAUUAGGUGACUUUGUACAAACAUGAGCACAGAAAACAACAUGACAUGUGGGCGAAUGGGAAAGAAGAGUUUGGGUGAACUCUUUCGUUAUUGUAGCAACCAGCUGCCAAGCCUGAGCCAGUAGUCAGCAGUGUCGUUUAAGCCUCUAACGCUCCAUGUUUUAGACCAUAAAAAAGAAGCUGCUGCUCAUACUAAUGUGUCUUAAUGAGCGUGUAAAACUCAUGUUGGAUAGUUAUGCUUUUAUUUACCAACAAUAUUCUGUCGAUUUAUUUUCAAAAGUCUUAUUUUUAGAAAGAGUAUUUUUUCUAAUCUUCAACCAUAUUUACCCACCUCUGCAGUAUACAGAGAACAGUAAAACGUGGAUAUUCUAAACAAAAACUGUUGAUUGCAUAAAUGAUGCAUUAGUGCAAUAUCAGAAUUAGUGUAGUAUCAGUGGUACUGCGCACUUUGCGUGUGAAAUUAGCAGACUUUUUUCUCUUAGUCACUGUAAUAACAACCAUCAGUAUAAACACAUGGUCUUAAAAAACAGCUGCCUAAAGUCAGGCAUCAUCUGCUAGCCCAUGUUUUAGGUCUACUCUGUAUUUGUAAUGGAUUUUUUGUUUUUAUUGUGAUGUUCUAUUGUAAUUUUGCUCCCAAAUAAAAUCU